AUGGAUACCCAGAAGGACAUUCAACCCCCAAAGCAGCAACCAAUGAUAUAUAUCUGUGGAGAAUGUCACACAGAAAAUGAAAUAAAAUCUAGGGAUCCAAUCAGAUGCAGAGAAUGUAGAUACAGAAUAAUGUACAAGAAAAGAACCAAAAGCUUGGUGGUUUUCGACGCUCGAUGA